AUGGAGGAUGCUAUCUUCAAUGGAAGCUCGAUUGCCGAUGUCAAACAGAUGCGCACCGAUGAGCAAAAUAGAAAUGAGGCCGCAGCCAUUGAAGAUAUCGAGAAUGCACAAUCGUCGGUGAAGUCUUGGAAGUCCAGUCCUGGGCCCAGAGCCAAGCGAAAGGCCGACAAGGCAUCAGGGAAGGCAAAGGCACGUCCAAAGAAGAAAGCAUGUGCAAAGCCAAAAGCGAAGAAAGAUGAGGAUGACAAAGAUGACAAUAUUGCACAACCUUCGGAGAAUGAUGAUGAAGAUGAUUUGGAUGGCGAAGAGUUGACAGAUGAUCAGGAAGAAACAGAAGCAGAGGAAACCGAGGGCCAGGAAGAGGAGGAAGACGAUGAGGACGAGGAAGAUAGCGAAGGCUGA